AUGUACACAGCAUGGACCUAGUCGGGUCAGUUGUACAUGAGGACUUGAAACCUUUCUUUUUCUUUGUUUUUUUUCAAUGUUAAUGGCAACACUCCUAUUUCGUGACGUGUGAGACUUCAUGAAUAAUUAAGUACUAAUGCUACUAUUUCAAUAUUAUACGGUAUAUUAUAUUUAUAUUUCUUGCAUCUUUAAAUUAGUUUUUAAUCUAUGAUCUUGCACCAACCAGCAAAUUUAUUCAUAUUCUAUAGUUUUGGAUAUUAUUUGAUCAAAAGGGUUCAUUCAUUUCCAUGUUCUUCUCCUUCUUCUGUUCCAAAUUCUGAUCAUAAUUUUCCAGAAAGUUGGGAUUUUGACUGCUCUUUUAAAGGGAUUUUACUUUCUCCCUUUUUGGUGGAAGAACGUGGGCUAUAAAGGGUUACCGGCUGCAGCGUUGAAAUUAGAGUCUCUGAGGGUUGAAGAAGCUGACCUUUAACUCUAGGAAGGAUGACAACUGAGAGUCCAAUCAGGAUGUUAGACAGUGAUGAGUCCAAAAAGUGGCUACCUGCUACCGGUUCUGGAUUGUUUUCUUCACCUUUCAGUAAUGUUGCUGGUCAUGAAGGUGUAGGCAAAGUUUUACAAGAGACUAUGGUUCGCAAAGAACAGACUCGCAUGAUGCCUAGUAGAAGUGGUAGUGCUCCACCUACUAUUGAGGGUUCAAUUGUUGGCUUUCAGGCUUUUAUGGAUCAACAAAAUUCGAGUCUGACUAGCUCUAGCAACGAGUUUUUGGACUGUGAGCCUGAAGACCAAAUGCGAACUGAUCCAGCAUAUAUUCAAUAUUACUAUGCUAAUGUUAACUUAAACCCGAGGCUGCCUCCUCCUCUAAUCUCACGAGAGAAUCGUCGUCUGGUGCAACAUAUGGAAAGUUUUGUUGGUAAAAAAGUUUCUGUAAGGGAAGGUUUUCUGGCUACUCAUAAGGAGGAGCCUGAAGAAGCAAAUUCACCACGCAAAAUGUCUGGUGAUCAGGGGAAUUUUGUGGAUGGUACAAAGAUGACAUCAGAAGCUGGUCGUAAUGGAAGCAGUGGUGAUCUAAAGGAGGGAGACUUUGUUCAGGCUCCAUCUAUUGCAUCCAGUACAACUAUCAAAGGAGGAAGUGAUCAUGACAAUGUCAGAGUUUCAAACACUGAUGAUGAGCAUAGUACCAUGAGUUCUUCUAUCAAUCCCUCUGUAUCAACUGUUUCUUACUGCAGAACUGUUGAUUUAGAGGAUAAUGUGUCUAUCCAAAGUAAUAUUGGGUCUGAAGUUUCUGUAGUAGAGUCAAGAAUGAAAUUGUUGGAUGUUUCAUGCGAAAUAAUGAGAGAGGAAGACCAAAAGAGACUUGACUAUCUACGCUUGCUUGAUGAGAAUAAGCUUCAUCCUCAUCCUUCACAAGGCGCACCAGACCAGAUACCUGGAUUCCAAGCUUACGCUGUUCCCCAAGGAAUGUAUGCUUCUCAUCAGAAGCCACUACCAUUGCAUCAGGCAUUCAUGCAUAACACAGGACUGGUAUCACCAUUAUAUGCAUCAACAGCUGCUCAUAUGAAUUCAGGAAACCUUUUUUACCCAAGUGUACCACAACCAGGAUUCCCUAGUCCACAAUUUUCUCUGAGUGGAUUAAGUGUCAACUCUACUUUACCUCCUCAUUUUGGCAGCUAUGUUCAGGGUAAUGCAUUUCCAAUGCCAAUUGAUACAUAUGGGAAGCCUGGCUUCUUUAAGCAAUCAGCGGAGGCUUUACUUGGCAAAAUGAACCCAUAUGCAAGUCAAGUGUUACGGCCUUCUUUUGGUGGUCCUGCUCAAGGACAAAGCUUUCAACAACUCUAUGAGAAUGCACAUAAAAGUGCCGUUCAGUGUCAGAUGGAUGCACUUGCAUCACAAAGAGACACUGUUGCAAGUGCAUCUUCAAUAGAUGGCAGGGGACUAAAUCAUCCUGCAAUAAACAUACCGAGCAUAUUUCCUCUAACAAGUGGGACUCAGCUUAGAUUCAGCUCUUAUGGAUAUCCUCCGAGCUUAGGAGAACCACAAUUUCAAGCCCCUCCUACAUUACCUAGGAUUAUUCUACACGGGCUAGGAAAUGAUCUGAGUGUUUCACAACAUUCAUCAAAAAGUACAGCUACAUAUCCUGGAUGGAAAAGACAAGGUGGACCUGAGAGUUCUGAUAGUAGCAGUAUUGAUAAUAAUGUUAAGCGGCCUUCUUUUCUUGAAUUGCUUAAAUCCAACAGCUCUAGGAUUCUUGAAUUGUCUGAAAUUUCUGGCCAGAUUGUCGAGUUUAGCACUGAUCAACAUGGUAGUCGUUUUAUUCAACAAAAGCUAGAAAGCUGUGGCAGUGAUGAGAAGGAAUCUGUCUUUAAAGAAGUUCUUCCACAAGUUUCUAAAUUAAUGACCGAUGUAUUUGGAAAUUAUGUUGUUCAAAAGUUCUUCGAGCAUGGAACUGUUGAACAGAGGAGAAAGCUUGGCCAGCAACUUACUGGACAGGUUUUGACCUUAAGUUUGCAAAUGUAUGGCUGUCGUGUGAUCCAAAAGGCACUGGAAGUAAUCGAGCUUGAUCAGAAAGUGGAGCUUAUGAAGGAGCUUGACGGGCAUGUUAUGAAAUGUGUGCAUGACCAAAAUGGAAACCACGUGAUACAGAAAUGUAUUGAAUCUGUCCCAACUGAGAAAAUUAAAUUCAUCAUUUCUUCAUUUAUUGGUCAAGUUGCAACACUUUCAUGUCACCCAUAUGGUUGUCGUGUCAUCCAGAGAGUUCUUGAGCAUUGCUCAGAUGAGCAGAUAAGUCAGUGGAUGGUUGAUGAAGUCCUUAAAUCUACUUCGACCCUUGCUCAUGACCCAUAUGGCAACUAUGUUACUCAGCAUGUUAUGGAAAUGGGAAAGGCCCAUCAAAGAAGCCAAAUUAUACAUAAGUUGACUGGUCGAUUUGUACAGUUAAGUCAGCAUAAGUUUGCGUCCAAUGUAGUUGAAAAAUGCAUAAAAUAUGGCAACGAUUCAGAGAGAAAUCUCAUAAUUGAGGAAAUUAUUGCACAGUCUGACAACAAUGAAGCACUAUUGAUGAUGAUGAAAGACCAAUUUGCAAAUUAUGUGGUUCAGAAGAUUUUCGAGAUUGGCUCUGAGAAGCAAAAGGAGACAUUGCAGAAUUGUAUACGAUUACAUCUUACUGUUUUGAAAAAAGUCCCCUAUGCGAAGCACAUAGUAUCUCGCUAUGAUCAAUUGACAGAGGGCUCAGAACAGGAGACAAAACAGUGUACAGAGAUGGCUGACAGCAUUGCGAGCACCUCUGAAUGAGCUAUCCACUUCGCAUAUGCUAACUUAACUAAGAUGGCAGGAUUUGAUAAUUUCCGAUGAUGUUAAUACUUAACAUAAUGCAUUGGUUGAUAUUUGAUUACUGAUGUUUGAUUAAUGUGCAGCGUUUCUUGUAUUCUUGUACAUCCAAUCCUCUUUUGCUGACGUCUUCUUUGACCUCCGCCAACUUGUAAUUGUGUAGUUGUAUGUAUAUUUCAAACUUCCUAUUGUCAUAUUAGGAUUCUUGCCAAAACUACAGUCUGUAUGCCUAUAUUAUCAAAUUUGUACUCUCUACUUCUUUAUGUUGUUCAUGUUUGAAUACUUAUAGAUUCUAA